AUGUGCAGUGCGCAAGAAGGGUCGGUGUCCAAGUCUAAUAGUGAGAAUGUGAACAUAGAGAAGCUUAAGGAUGUGAAGGAACGUCGUGGGAAGCAUAAGAAAGCUUCCAGCAUUAUUAGUUCUGAAAGGAAUCAUCUACAUGUUGAUGUGGUAGAAGAAAUAUCUGUCGCAGAGAGCAAAAGUACCAAGGCACCAAAAGUUGGACGCGGAGCCAAAGCUUCAAAAGAAUCAGUAAAAAUGUGGAAAGAAAACGAUUUCUCUAGUUGGUGGUGUCUGAUUUGCCAUUUAAUAAUGGCUGCACAAGACCAAGACCCAUGGAGUUUAGCUAAAGAUGUUUUGCCACUCCUCUCCUACUCUGCUCCCUUUGCAAUAUACCAUCAGUAUUUACAGCCUCUCGCGACAUGUAUGAACAAUCUUCAGCAAGGAAAAAUGGCCAUCAAUCUGCAAAUAACAGAACCGUGGCUACGGGAAUAUCAGGUGCUUCCAUCAAGAACUCACCCUCACAUGCAGAUGAGCUCUUUUGGAGGCUAUGUUCUUAGCGGCAUCAGAAUCUCCACCACUUGA